AUGGGAGUUUGUACAAAACUUUCGUUGAUCGCCCUGUGCAUGGGAUUGAUCAUUGAGAGUGUUCGGGCAGAGUUGACUCCUCCGUAUUUUAAUCUUGCUGAAGGCCGCAAAAUUACUGCCACCGCGACAUGCGGCGUUGAUUCCGACGGUCCAGAGUUGUAUUGUAAACUGGUGGGAGCUAAUACCGAGACUGACAACCAGAACCACUACUCGGUCAUACAAGGACAGGUAUGCGACGUGUGUGAUCCUACAGACCCGGACAAAAACCAUCCUCCAGAGUAUGCUAUCGAUGGUACUCAAAAUUGGUGGCAGAGUCCACCACUUUCUAGAGGCAUGAAGUACAACGAAGUCAAUCUGACAAUCGAUUUCGACCAGGAAUUUCACGUGGCAUACCUGUUCAUUCGGAUGGGAAAUUCUCCGCGCCCUGGUUUGUGGUCGCUGGAGAAGUCGAGCGAUUAUGGCAAAAGCUGGACACCGUGGCAGCAUUUCUCCGAUUCGCCAGCCGACUGCGUAACGUUCUUUGGUCCGGACAGUUUGAAGCCGCUGCAGCACGACAACGACGUCAUUUGUACGAUGGAACAUUCGAAAAUCGUACCUCUCGAGGGCGGUGAGAUACCCAUCCGGCUGCUGAACAAUCGGCCGUCGGCAAACAACUACUUCAACUCGUCCACCUUGCAAGAGUGGAGCAGAGCCACUAAUGUGCGCAUUCGGCUGCUACGAACGAAAAAUUUGCUCGGCCAUCUGAUGUCCGUUGCCAGGCAGGAUCCGACGGUGACAAGACGCUACUUUUAUUCGAUCAAAGACAUCUCGAUCGGGGGACGGUGCGUGUGCAAUGGGCAUGCCAAUACCUGUAACGUCCUGGAUCCGCGCUCGCCGACCCGUAUCCUGGCCUGUCAGUGUCAGCACAACACCUGUGGCAUCCAGUGCGCCGAGUGUUGCCCCGGCUUUGAGCAGAAGAAAUGGCGACAGAAUACCAACGCACGGCCAUUCCAGUGUGAACCUUGCAACUGCCACGGUCACUCGGAUGAGUGCAUUUACUCGGAGGAGAUCGACGAGAAGCGGCUCUCGCUGGAUAUCCAUGGCAACUACGAAGGAGGCGGAAUUUGUCAAAAUUGUCAGCACAACACGAAGGGGAUCAACUGCAACGAGUGUCAGGACAAGUUCUACCGUCCUUGGGGCAAGCUCUGGAGCGAUCCGGAAGUGUGCAAACCUUGCGACUGUGACCAUUUCUACUCGACGGGCAAUUGCGAAGAGGAAACCGGUCGGUGCGAGUGCCGCGUAGAGUUCCAGCCCCCGAAUUGCGACUCCUGCUCGUUCGGCCAUUUCGGCUACCCGAACUGUCGUCCGUGUGAGUGUAAUUUGAACGCAACGAUUGGCUACUAUUGCGAAGCGGUGAACGGGGCCUGCCCUUGCAAGCACAACUUCGACGGACCCCACUGCAAGCAGUGCGCCAAGAAGUACUACGAUUUUCCAAACUGCGAGUACUGCAACUGCAACCCGAACGGAUCGAUCGACGAUGUCUGUGACGAUGUGAGUGGCCAGUGUCACUGUAAGCCCAACUUCUCCGGCCGUCUUUGCGAUACUUGCAAGCACGGUUUCUACAAGUACCCCGACUGUACAUAUUGCAACUGCGAUGUUCGCGGGACACUGGAAGAGGUUUGCGAGAAGAAUGCCGGUACCUGCUUAUGUCGCGAAGGCUACGGUGGACCACGGUGUGACCAGUGUACCCCGGGGUAUUACAAUUAUCCGGACUGCGUACCAUGCAACUGCUCGAGCGCUGGUAGCACUUCGACGGUGUGUGACAUCACCGGACGGUGCUCUUGUUUGGAGAACUUUGGUGGGCGCCAGUGUACGGCCUGUCUGGCGGGAUAUUAUCAGUACCCGGAGUGUUUGCCGUGCAACUGCGACUCGUACGGUUCGCUGGCCAAAUCCUGCACCAACGAUGGCCAGUGCCAGUGCAAGGACAACUUUGACGGGAAAACGUGCCAGCAGUGCCGGGAAGGGUUCUACAACUUCCCCGCCUGCGAGGAGUGCAACUGUGAUCCGGCGGGCGUCAUUGCCCGGUUCGCGGGUUGCGGCUCGGUUCCGGCCGGGGAACUGUGUCAGUGCAAGGAACGGGUGCACGGCAGGAUCUGCGACAAGUGUCGCCCACUGUACUGGAAUUUGACCUCCAGCAAUGUGCACGGGUGCCAGGACUGCGAGUGCUUCAUCGAUGGAACGAUCGGGGCGCUCGAUACCUGCGACACCAAGACGGGUCAGUGCGCCUGCAAACCAUCAGUCACCGGGCGGACGUGUGCCGAAUGUAAAGAUGGCACGUUUGACCUGUUCGGAUCGAGCCUGUUCGGUUGCAAGGACUGUGGGUGUGACAUUGGCGGGGCUGCGAAUAACGUUUGCAACAAGGAAACGGGCCAGUGCCGGUGUCAUCCGAGGGUGGCCGGUCGAGCAUGUUCGUUCCCCCUGACCACACACUACUAUCCGACACUGCACCAGUUCCAGUUCGAGUACGAGGACGGUUACACGCAGACGGGAGCGCAGGUACGCUACCAGUUCCACGAGGACAUCUUCCCCGAGUUUAGUAGUCGCGGGUAUGCGGUUAUGUCUGCACUGCAGAAUGAGAUCUUCAACGAGGUGAACGUGCUAAAGUCCUCCGUCUACCGGUUGGUAAUCCGGUACAAGAAUCCCAACGCAGAGAGUGUGCUGGCUACGAUACUGAUCACUCCGGACAAUCCGACGGAACUGGAGCAGAAAACGAAGGUUCUGUUCCGGCCGACGCAAAAUCCCGAGUUUGUAACGGUGUCCGAUGCGCGGGGCGACAUACCGUCACCGCUGGUACUGGAUCCGGGCAGCUACACGAUCAGCAUUAAAACGGGGAAAACGAUCUUUUUGGACUACUUCGUGCUGCUGCCCGCUGCGUACUACGAGGCGUCCAUACUGACGAAGAAGAUAGAGAAUCCCUGCGAACUGACGGACCUGGGCCUGUGCCGCCACUACCAGUACCCGAGCGUCGGGCCCUACAAUCCCCAAAUGGAAGCGUUCAUCGUCGAGGAUGGGCAGAGCUUCAAGCCGGUGGAAUAUUUCAAAGACUACGGCCACCUGGAUGUGGUCCAGGAGCGGGAACUGCCGAUUCUGACCCCGUCACAGUCGGAACUAUACUACCCGGUGGAGGUUCCGCACGCCGGUCGCUACGUUGUCGUGGUGGACUACAUAACCAACCGCACGUAUCCGGAGGUGGCCAUCCUGCAGGUGAACCUGGUGGGCGAUAUAGACCAGGACGGGUCGGCCAAUGCGUACCCGUGUACGUACACCACCGUAUGCCGGCAGCCCGUCAUCGAUAAGGAGUCGCGCGAAAAGAUCUUCUUCCUCGAUCCGAACAACGCGAAACCGAUCCAGGUGACGACGCACGAUCUGUCGAGCGCUGCGGUCGCCAUCAAGUCGCUCACCGCCAUCCCGUACGAGGACUGGACGACGGACUACAUUCGCCCGAACUCGGUGUGCGUGAUGCAGAGCGGAAAGUGCGUACAGACCAGCUACCGCUCGGCACCGGACUCGAAGAAGAUCGAGUUUGAAGCGGAGAACGAAACGCGCCUUGCCGGGGAGCUGCCCAAGAUGCUGUUCGAUAGCAGUACCAAACUGAUUCUCCUGGACAACCGGCGGCCGGAGGUGAGCACGUACUCGGCGGUACAGCACCCGAACCGGUACGUGCUGAUAAUCAAGUUCUUCCAACCGGACCAUCCGUCGUUCAACGUGCAGUAUCGCGUGGCAAGCAAGAGGCAAAACUACGACGGCCGGCUAGAGGUCCGACACUGCCCCGCCAACAGUGGAUGCCGAGAGGUGCUGAAGCAGGAUAACGGCGCCAUCGAGUUCGAUCUCGAGGACAGCAUCGAGUUCACGAUCGUCAACGGUGGGGCCAGUCAGCGGGUGUGGGUCGAUUACGUGCAGCUGGUGCCGGCCGAGCAAUUCCACAAUGGGUUGCUGCAGGAGGAAACGUUCGAUCAGACGUCCGAGUUCAUCCAGCAGUGCGGCCAGGAUCACUUCCACAUUCCGACGAACGCGAGCGAGUUCUGCAAGCGGGCGGUCUUUUCGCUCACGGCUGACUACAACAGUGGGGCCCUCGCGUGCAACUGUGACUACACCGGCUCGACCAGCUUCGAGUGCGAGCCGUUCGGUGGCCAGUGCCAGUGUAAGCCGCACAUUAUCGGGCGCAGAUGCGAAGCCUGCAAAACGGGCUUCUACGGGUUUCCGGAUUGUAAGCCGUGCGACUGUCCGUCCACCGCCCAGUGCCACAAGGACACGGGCGAGUGUGUCUGCCCGGAUCGCGUGACGGGCGAGAAGUGCGACCAGUGUGUGCCGUACACGUUCGGGUUCGAUCAGAUCAUCGGCUGCGAGGAGUGCAACUGCAAUCCGCUGGGCGUGACGAACAACAAUCUGCAGUGCGACAUGGAGAGCGGCCUGUGCGAUUGCAAGUCCAAUGUGGUGGACCGGAAGUGUGACCGGUGCCAGUACGGGUUCUACAACUUCCCGUACUGCGAGCCCUGCCGUUGCGACAUCCGCGGUACCACGUUCGAGAUCUGCGACCAAACGGACGAAAGCUGCUUCUGCAAGAAGAACGUCCAGGGGCGUGAGUGUAGUACGUGCGUCGACGGAACGUACAAUCUGCAGGCCGCCAACCCGGACGGCUGCACGAAGUGCUUCUGCUUCGGCCACUCCAGUCGCUGCCAUACCUCGUUCCUGCGUCCGUUUAACGUGAGCAUGAUGAAGGACGUGACGGUGAAUACGAUCCGUCUGUCCGGUGGCAAGGUGAACGUAACGCGCUGGCUAACGGCCCCGGACGAGCUGAUGCUGAACGAAACGUCCGCCGAGGUGGUGCUCGGUGGCGUUGGGCACGAGGAUCCCGCGGCCGGUUUGGUGUACUUUGGCAUGCUGGACCAUCUGUUCCACCUGAACAACCAUUUGUCGGCGUACGGUGGCUAUCUGACGUACAAGGUACACUUCACCACCGGGCUGUUCGGCAGUGCCCUGAUCGGAGCGGAUGUCAUUCUCGAGGGCAAGCAGGCGGAGAUCAUGCACCAGAGCUACCGGCAGCCGUCCUCGAACCAGCUGUUCAGUGGUGCGGUGGAAAUGGUGGAAUCCAACUUUCAGACGGCCAACGGCGCCAAGGUCAGCCGGGAACAGUUCAUGAUGGUGCUGCGUGACCUGAGCAACAUCUACAUCCGCGCGUCCUACUGGCAGAACGGGCUGGUGUCGGUGAUCUCCGACGUCAGUCUCAGCAUGGCGCACGACGAUCUCGAGCACCCGCAGUACUACCGGGAGCUGGCGGUCGAGAGCUGCGAGUGUCCGCCGGGCUACACGGGACGCUCGUGUGAGGAUUGCGCCCCGGGCUACUAUCGCGACCCGAACGGACCCUACCUGGGGUACUGCAUUCCGUGCGAGUGUAAUGGCCACGCCGCGACCUGUGACUGCAAUACGGGAGUCUGCCAUGACUGCCAGCACUACACGACGGGUGACCAGUGUGACCAGUGCAUCGAAGGGUACUACGGAAAUGCGACACGGGGCACACCGAACGACUGCAUGAUCUGUGCCUGUCCGCUGCCGGUGGAGUCGAACAACUUUGCCACCUCGUGCGAGGUCUCCGACGACGGGUACGAGAUACACUGCGCCUGCAAGCCGGGCUACGUGGGCGAAAAGUGUCAGAGCUGCGCCCCGGGCUACUACGGGCAGCCACAGCACGAGGGCGAGUUCUGUACGCGGUGCGACUGUUCCGGAAACAUUAACGCCGAGGAACCGGGCGCCUGCGAUUCGGUGUCGGGUGAAUGCCUGCUCUGCCUGAACAACACUUCGGGGCGGGCUUGCAACCUCUGUGCGCCCGGUUUCUAUGGUGACGCGGUCCACUUGAAGGACUGUCAGAGCUGCAUCUGCGACAAGGUCGGCAUGGCCCACUGCGACAAUUUUGUCGGCACGUGCAACUGUCUGCCAAACGUCAUCGGGGAAAAGUGCGACCGCUGCGAGGACGAUCACUAUGGGUUCGAGUCGGGGCGGGGUUGCGCACCGUGUGACUGCGGGCCGGCUUCCAAUAGCUCGCAGUGUGACGACCACACCGGUAAGUGUGCCUGCAAGCCGGGCGCCACCGGGCGGCAGUGUGAUCGGUGCGAGCCGGGCUACUGGAACUACUCGGCGGACGGGUGCGUUCCGUGCUCGUGUAACACCGACUACUCGCGAGGGCUGGGCUGCAACGCGGAGACGGGCCAGUGCGAGUGUCUGUCCGGGGUCGUGGGCGAGAAGUGUGACUCGUGUCCGUACCGCUGGGUGCUGAUUCCCGACACCGGCUGCCAGGAGUGCGACGUCUGCCACCAUGGGCUGCUGGACGUGACCGAUGAGCUGCAGGACAGCGUCGAUCCCAUCCUGAACGACAUCAAGACGGUGGCGGACGAUUACUUCACCUCGCAGAAGCUGAAGUACUUUGACGAUAAGGUGGACAAGCUGGAACCGAAGGUGCGCAGCCUGGACCCGCACGGUGUGAACUUGAAUCCCUCCCGCCAGCGGGUGGAGUCGCUCGAGGUGGACAUGAAGAAUCUGGACCGUCGCAUUCUGUUUGCCAAUGCGAACGCGAAGGAAAUUUCGGACAACAGUGAGCACCUGCUGUCGGCGGCCUCCGACGUGCUGGACGGCUGCCGGAUCGUGAACAUUAACACGAAGACCACCAUCGACGAGGUGGUGCUGCUGGGAGCGAACCUUGGCUCGUCGGAGCUCACGAAGCUGGAUCAGGCGGUCGAAGAAGCGAACAGCUAUCUGGACAACAUCCGCCAGUACUCGACCACGCCCGAAGGUUUGAACGCGCAGCUGGACAACGCGACCCGGUUGCUGGAGCGCGUCGUUGAGUUCGGUGACCCGGUGCAGACGCAGCACGAAAAGCUGGCGGCGCUCAUGCACGAGAUCGGCGUGUUCGACGUGAAGCUGGAGGAUCUUUACAACUGGAGCCUGAACGUGGAGAAGGAGAGUGCCACGACGGCCCAGUUGAACCAAGCGAACAAGGGCGCAGCGAACGUCAAGUUUGACACGGUCACGGUGCACGCGAAGGAGGCCACGGGCAACAUCGAGAACAGUAAGGCGCUGCUCCGGAACUCGUCGAACAUUAUGAAGGAUAUCGACAUCACGCACAAGGAGCUACAGCACGCCAACAAGGAGCUGACCGAGUUGAACGAGGGCGUCGAUAAGGAGUUACCGCAGGCCGACGACGAGUACCAGCGGCUGCACCCGUUGAUCGAGAAAGCGUCCGCGCACGCCUCGGAGCUGAACAUUGAGGCCGAGGGCCUGGCGGAGAAGUACUCGGACGUGUCGGCCAACUCGGAAACGGCACUGCAAGCGGCGACGGCGCACUCCAACAUUGUGGCGGCCGUCAGUGCCGCCGGUGACAACAUCCGGAACGCCACGCAAACGGCGCGAAAGGCUGCUGAGCAGCGGGAAGGGAUCGACAGCCGGGCGGCCGAGUCCGACCUUGCCUCGAGCGAGCUGCUCAACGAGGCCACCCGUAUGUUCACGUCGCUACAGCUGGACCUCGAGCCACACAGCAAGCGAUCGAUCGACAAGGUGGAGGACAUCAAGAAGCGGAACGCGGGCAGCGACGAUAUGCUGUACUCGAUCAACACGGCGCUGGACGGCAUUCCGGAGGAGUCGCUCACCGACCGGUGGGAGAACGCUCGCGAUCAGGCCGUCGAGGCGCAGGCCAAGUCCCACGGGUCGCUCAAGCUGCUCGACCCGAUGAUCAGUGACCUGUCGAAGAGUGUCUACCUGGCGGAGCAGCUGCCGAAGGAGGUGGACAACACACAGAAGGACAUCAAGCAGGCGUCGGCCCAGAUCGAGCGCUUCAAAACGAUGAUCCCCAACAUCCGCCAGCUGGUGGAGCGGCUGGACAAGAAGCAGAACCAGGUGGACUCGAUCGUGAGCGACAUCGGGGAUCGGCUGGAGUCGCUGAAGCGCCAGAUCGGCGAGGCCCGCUCGUUUGCCAGCACCAUCAAGGUGGGCAUGCUGUUCCACCCGAACACGACGGUCGAACUGAUGCCCCCGCAGAGCCUCUCGCAUAUGGCGUCCAACUCGAACGUGUCGGUGUUCUUCCGCACCAACCAGCCGGAAGGGUUCCUGCUCUACCUCGGCAACGAGGUCAAACCGGACACGAAGAAGAGCUCGCGCGAUGACUUUAUGGCGCUGGAGAUCGAAAACGGAUACCCGGUGCUGUCGAUCGACGUGGGCAGCGACCCGGAGAAGAUCAUUAGCACGAAGUACGUGGCGGACGACCGCUGGUACCAGGCCAUCGUCGAUCGGACGGGCAACAACGUGAAGCUGACCAUACGGGAGGAGCUGGACAACGGGACGGAGGUGUUCCACACCAAGGAGCAGGUGCUCCCCGGAUCGUACAACGUGUUUAACGUGGACCAAAACAGUAAACUGUUCGUUGGCGGGUACCCGCCCGAGUACAACAUGCCGCCGGACGUCAAAUCGAGCGAGUUCGAUGGGCGCAUCGAGCAGCUGCAGAUCGGGGGCGAGCACGUGGGCUUGUGGAACUUUGUGGACGCGCAAAACGUGGACGGUUCCCAGGAGCGGGACGCACUGCGUAACGAGGAGAGCCCCACGACCGGGUUCCGCUUUGGCGGCCAGGGUUACGUGGCGAUCGAUGCCAAGCCGUUCGCGUUCAAGCACCAGUCGCACAUCCAGUUCCAGUUUAAGGCACCGCCGGACACUCGGGAUGGGCUGCUGUUCUACGCCGGGCGGAACAAACACUUCAUCUCGGUGGAGCUGCGCGCCGGCGCGGUCCUGUUCCAGUUUAAGCUCGGUCAGCAUGCCCAGCUCGUCACGAUUGGCUCGGAGGGCGGCUUCAACGACGACAAGUGGCACAAGGUGUCGGCGGAGCGCGACGGCAACGAUGGCAAGCUGACGGUGGACGACAAGGUGGUGCUGCAGCAGACGGGCUCGGCCGAGCAGCCGCAGCUGCACAUCUCGGAGGUGUUCUACUUCGGCGGCUACCACAGCCGGGUGAACCACUCCGAGGUCACGUCGAAAGGGUUCGACGGGUGCAUCGACGAUGUCUACAUCCUUGGUAACCGCGUGGACCUCAGCAUCAACGUGAAGGCUCUCGACAUUCGGCCCGGCUGCCCGAUGAAGUUCUCGUCGCUGGUGUCCUUCCCGCCGCGUCAGUUCGGCUACGUGAGCCAGCCGGGCGUUGCCUCGCUGAACGGGCUGCAGGUGAACCUAAAGUUCCGCACGACGCAACCGGAAGGGGUACUGUUCUACACGAGCACCUUCGACCAGGGCGGCACUCUGGGGCUGGCGCUGCAGGACGGUGCGCUGGUGCUGAGCAACUCGGGUGUUUCGCUGUCAUCCACACCGGGCCGGACCUACAACGACGGUGAGUGGCAUGCCGUUACCGCUGCCCACGAUCACGAUCGCCUGACGCUGGUGGUCGACGACGAGGAUCCGCACUACAGCCCGUACCCGCCGGAACCGCUGUACAUCCAGAAUGGAGACAUCUACUUCGGUGGUCUGCCGAAGAACUACGUCACGCCGAUGCGGGCCCUCGCAUCGACCGCAUACUUCAUGGGUUGCAUCGAGGACAUUACGGUCAACGGACAGAUCGUCAACUUUGCCGCGCUCUCGGACAAGAGGUCGGCCGUGCUGGAUCAGUGCUCCAAGGAGCUGUUUGCAGUCGGUGGCGAACUGCCACUAUUUUACCCGGACGACGGCAGAGAUCCGGAAGUGUUCGUGAACAGCCGGUUCGAGCCAGACCACGACGCGCAGCCGGCAGGACAAGAGGAACCAGAGACACACCCUACGCCGCUGAAACCAUCCCCGGAAGCACCCUCCGUGCCGGGACCUACACCGUCGGUGAGGGAAGAAACUACGACGACGACCACGACCACGGUACCGCCACCGCCGCUUCCCCUGACGCCACGUCCGGUGGCACCGGAUGAGCCACCGCCAGUGUGCAGGCUGCCGGUAACCCCCGAGCAGGACGUGGACUUCGAUUCGGGCUACCGCUUCGGAACGGGCCAGUUCAGCCACAUCGAGUUCAGCGAGGUCCCGCUGAAGAACAAGCGACAGUACGACUUCUCGCUCUCCUUCAAAACGGAGUUCUCCGAGGGUGUCCUGUUUUAUGCGGCCGACUCGCGCCACACCGAUUUCAUCGCGCUCUAUCUGCGCGACGGCCAGGUGUUCCACUCGUUCAACUGUGGUUCCGGAUCGGCCAAUAUGUCGUCCGAGCGGCGGUACGACGACAACGAGUGGCACACGGUUCACUUCACGCGCCACACGAGCAAGGGCAAGCUGAUCGUGGACAGUGAGGACGAGUCCAGCGGUGAGUCGUCCGGCUCUACGCGCACCAUGGUGAUCCUGGCGCCCAUGUACGUCGGUGGCGUGAGCGGCGAUAACUACGAGGAAGUGGCCCUCAACCUGAAGAUUGACAAGAACGUGUUGGAGCGGAACCAGUUCGUUGGGUGUAUCAACGAAAUCCAGGCCAAUGGCCGACAGCUGGGAACGCCAUCGAACAUAACGCGAACCAUUCCGUGCUCGAGCAAGAUUGAAACGGGAACGUUCUUCGGCAAGGGCGGAGGCUUCGUGAAGCUACAUGACAAAUUCAAGGUAGGCAACGAGCUGACCGUCAGCAUGGAUAUACGGCCCCGGGCACAGAGCGGGCUGCUGAUGUCGGUGCACGGUCGGAAGGCGUUCUUCGUGCUGGAGAUGAUCAACGGCACAAUCAGUCUGACGGUGAACAACGGGGACGAUCCGAUCACCGCCACGUACACGCCGCUGCCGGAGGAGAACCUCUGCGAUGGGCAGUGGCGCACGGUUUCGGCCAUCAAGUCCCAGUACGUGAUCACGAUUAAGGUGAACGACGUUAGCUCGAACCCGGCGAUCGGCGAUGCGCGCAGCCCAUCGACGGACACCACGCGCCCACUGUUUCUGGGAGGACAUCCUCACUUGCAGAGGAUCCGCGGAUUUGUGGCCCGUGCUCCGUUCCAGGGUUGCAUUCGGAACGUUAAGGUUCGCGAUGCUGCCGUCCAGAUUACGCCAAAGAUGAGCGUCGGUAACGUCCAGACCGGUGUUUGCCCUACGAUUUAAAUCCCACCACGAAAGAGCAAUAAAAUCAAUAUUGGUGUGUGUGUGUGUGCAAACGAUAAAGGAGAAUGUAACAAUCGUUUGGCGGUCGCGUUUGUUCUGUUAGGACAACCCGCGACGCGAAAACGUUGCGCGAAAGAAGCUUCCAUUCGUGCACCUUAUUUUGCAUAUCUUCUUCUCUCUGUAUCUAUCCUAUUCUCGCUUCUGUUGUUACUUUUGUGACAACUGUUCUUCUAUUGACCCCUUGCUCAAGUUACUAAAAAUGAUCCCAAUUAACUACUAGCUCGUAACCACCUGCCAUGUUGCAUGCCAUACUAUACUACCAUCGUGCCUUUGGUGCAUUGUACUCUAUGUAAAGCGAAUACCAGCCCCGGAAUACCAGCACUCGUGAACACUUUAAGUACCAAUUUAACGAGAUUGAUUUUAGUUUGGUCCACCAGAACCAAACUGAGUGGAAAAGUGGAUCCUUGUGUGGAAAAGUGGAGACCGGCUAGGAGGACUUUACAUUAUACAAUAAACUUCUU